AUGGUCAAGAGCAAGGCAAAGCGUCUGGCUGAGCUGGCGGAUAUUCCUCCUGACCAGCCUUCGCAGUUUUCGAACGCCCAAUGCAAGCGGAAAGAGAUCGCGCAAGGACCGCUUCCGAUAACGGAGAAGAGAGCAUUGCUGUCGCCCGCGAAGAUGGUGACAGCAACGCCGGCGACCCCGGAGGGCGACAGGACUACGGAGAUACUGCAGCCGCUCCGUGGUGUCGUCGGGCGUCUAGACAAGCUGGAGCGGUCCCAGGUCAAGCUCGAGCAGCCCCUGGAGACGCCCACGAAGGACUAA